CUCCCUAGAUCAGGUGUCUGCCCCGCACACACACAUCUUGUACAGAAUGAGUGGCAUUUCCAGCACUCAACGGGUGUCCGCUCCGAGGAUCACUUCGAAUAGCGGUGUGGUUCUCCAUCCUCCAAUCUACCUAGCACUAAUCGCAGACGUCCGCUGCUUCUGAUAUACAUGCCCGACAAAUGGAAAGGAUCCCAAGAUCGUGGAAUCGUCAUUGCCACUGGCCCCGGACGUUGGGCCGGCAGAUCUGACACCCAACACUCAACGCUCAACACCCAUCAGCCUCCCUUGCCAAUAAAAAUCCCUACGAUUCCAUACAAUCACUAGCUUCCCCCGUCCACAUCAACCUCACGUGAGUGACAAUAACACGAGAAAGUUUCUCCGUACCGUCCACCAUCGCGAUACCGUCCAACCUUGAAAAAAUAAUAAAAACAUCCUUGUGAGGUGACCGGA